GUGCCCUCAUAACCCUGUUGCCUCGCGCGAAUCGCCUGCCCCGCCUGAACUGAGUUUCGCUUCAGCCCAGCGAUGCCCCGAGCACUCCAUAUCCCUGGCGUGUUCUUCCUCCUAUGCGCCUUUGUGCUCCUCCUCCUCGUCUCAAUAUCCCUACCGUUCCUCCCUGCGCUCGACCUUACGCGCGUGCGCUUUGAGGGCAGCCCGUCGACGGAGAUCGGGAACCAAGGAGCACUUACCGAACUGCGGUUUGGAAUAUGGGCGUAUUGCUGGUAUGAAGCGUCUGGCACGCGGACAUGCAGCAUUAAAGGCCACAAUUAUGCGACAGUUGUCUACAACUCGGAUAUGACCAGCUGGCAAACUGUCGGUCCGUCCUGGACUCGCGGACAGCCAGCUCAUGUCGCCGCGGCGGGCUUAGCGUUUCUCGCGUUCCUGCUCUCGCUCUCGACACACGUCACCGUGGCGCUCCUCGCUGCGCUGAUGUCCUUCCUCGCUGCGCUGCUCACGCUCGCCGUCCUUGUGAUCGACAUCGCGUUCUACACCUAUGUCAAGCAUCAGAUGGCCAAGCUCGUCGGCGUCAGCGAGCACACCAGUCCUGGACCCGCAUUCUGGAUGACCCUUGCAUCAUUCAUCCUUCUCUGUCUCGCAGGCUGCACAGUAUGCUGCGGUCGCAGGCGCGAUCGCAUGGCAGGCGCGACCAGCUACCUCAUGGCCUCGAAGCAACACUCCUGGAGAGACCGCUUCAGACGCGCAUGAUUUGCUCGGCAGCCCUUACCUCUUCCGCUGCUGAAAUAAACAUGCUGACUUCGGACCAACUCAAGACGUCUUACAUUGAUGCUUAUGGACACCCCACGCAUCUUGCAUAUCAUAUCCACAACAGUACUACAUUCCUGAACUCGUUUGCUGCUACCAGGAGCCGUCUUCGCUGUUAUAGAUCUGCGACUCCAGCACUCCUUGUUACUUGUCCAUAUUGUAUUGCUCUCAUCAAGGAAAUUGUGCGUCGGUGUUGGCUCG